CUACCCAGGCUUUGACAAUGUGGUCUCAGAACCAAACAUUAGAAUGGCUUAAUGGUAAAUCAGAUGAAGAAAGAAAACAAUUGCUUGAAUAUUCAAGAACUAAAGUAACAUUAAUGAAAAGCAAAUAUGAUGAAAGAAAAGAAGCUAUUAAAAGAGAUAAAGCUAUGCACCUUCUAGCAAAGCAAGAAGAAAAAAAUCGAGAAGAAACUAAACUACAACAUAAAAAGGUUGCAGCUUGUAAUGAUUUGAUAAAUUUAAAUGUAAGGGCUUGGAUAUCAUUAGAGGAAGCAGAGAAAACAGUUUUUAAUAUAGAAGUUUUUUGUAAAACAAAGGUAGAAGGAAGCAAAAGAAUAAACUUGUCUUCAGAGGAAUUAUAUCAAAAUCUUCUUAUUGUUAUUCAAGCAAAUUUAACACCAAACAAACAAUCUUUAAGUAAUAAUAUAAGUAAUAAUUUAAAGCCUCGUACAAUGCGUGAUGCAGCUGUUAAAAACAAAAAAAAAGAAUUAAUGGAAAAAAAUUCAGGAUGCAAGACUAAACAAAUUAAUAGAGCAACAAAAAAAGCACUCUUUAUCAAAAUUUAUUAACAACCCAUCUGAUUUUGUUGGUUUUUCUAUACAACAUCGUGUUAGAGAAGAAGAUGCUCAUGAAGUAUCUUGGGAACGUGCGCAAGUGGUUCAAAUUGAUCAAUUAAACGGUAGAAGAACUACAUACCUUGUUAAGUAUGAUAAUGAACCUGAUGAAGUAUGGUCAUUUCCUUUAUAAAUAGAUUUUGAAAAAGGUGAUCUUAUUCUUUGUAGCUAGGAUUGAGAGGUUUUAUUUAAUGUAAAUUUAGAAUUAUGUUACAGUAUAUAUUAAUCUUAUUUCUUUUAUUGUUAUGUUCCAAUAGUUUUUUUUACUACAUUUGAGUUCAGUGGUUUUUAUCUUUGUAAAUAGUAUGAAUCAUAUCUGAUAUGUUU